AUGCCUGGCCCCGUGGACACUGCCAAGACAAUCACGAAGAAGCGCAAGAGAAAGCACGCCGCCCGCGCAGGAGCAGACGAUGAGGAAGUGCCAAAGUCAGUCAAGGCCCAGUCCAGCCCUGCCGUGAAGGCAAAGAAGGCUGUCGCCUCUCCCAAGCCUGCCUCCGACAAAUCCACCAAGAAGCGCAAAGUCGAUCACACAUCCAGCGACGACGAGGGUAGUGCGAGCGAGGCCAAGGAGGUCGAGGUAGAGGAUGCUGAGGAGUCUGAGGAGUCUGAGGACCUGAAGAACGAUCAGGAUGAUGACAAGGACGACGUGGAGGAUGUCAAUGGCAAGGGCGAGGAUCUUCCGGGUAUGGACCAGGUUCGCCUGCCGCAGACCGAGGAGGGUGAGCUGAAGAAAUUCAGCGAGUUGAACCUUUCCGAGAAGACCAUGAAGGGAAUUUCAGACAUGGGCUUCGAGACAAUGACGGAGAUCCAACAACGAACCAUUCCUCCUCUUCUGGCUGGUCGUGAUGUGCUCGGUGCUGCAAAGACUGGAUCUGGCAAGACUCUGUCCUUCCUGAUCCCCGCCGUGGAGAUGCUGAGCGCUUUGCGUUUCAAGCCCCGCAACGGUACUGGUGUCCUUGUGGUUUCACCCACUCGCGAGUUGGCUCUCCAAAUCUUCGGUGUUGCUCGUGAACUGAUGGCCCACCAUUCACAAACCUAUGGCAUUGUGAUUGGUGGUGCGAACCGUCGUGCUGAGGCUGAGAAGCUUGUUAAGGGUGUCAACUUGUUGAUCGCCACCCCCGGUCGCUUGCUCGAUCACCUCCAAAAUACCCAAGGAUUUAUCUUCAAGAAUCUGAAGACUUUGGUUAUUGACGAGGCCGAUCGUAUCCUGGAAGUUGGAUUUGAGGACGAAAUGCGCCAAAUUGUGAAGAUCUUGCCCACUGAAGAGCGCCAGACCAUGCUUUUCUCCGCUACACAAACAACAAAGGUCGAGGAUCUGGCCCGUAUCUCCUUGCGCCCGGGUCCCCUUUACAUCAACGUUGACCAUCGCAAGGAGCAUUCGACUGUGGAGGGCUUGGAACAGGGCUAUGUACUCUGUGAGGCCGACAAACGGUUCCUGCUUCUGUUCUCCUUCUUGAAGCGCAACCUGAAGAAGAAGAUCAUUGUCUUUUUCUCCAGCUGCAACUGUGUCAAAUACCACGCCGAACUCCUCAACUACAUCGAUCUGCCUGUCCUGGAACUGCAUGGCAAGCAAAAGCAGCAGAAACGGACCAACACUUUCUUUGAGUUCUGCAACGCCCAGCAGGGUACAUUGAUCUGUACCGAUGUUGCGGCUCGUGGUCUCGAUAUCCCUGCUGUGGACUGGAUCAUCCAGUUCGAUCCCCCAGAUGAUCCCCGUGACUAUAUUCACCGUGUGGGUCGUACCGCACGAGGUGCCAACGGCAAGGGCCGCAGUCUGAUGUUCCUGCAACCAUCAGAAGUUGGGUUCUUGAAGCACCUCAAGGAGGCUCGUGUGCCUGUUGUGGAAUUUGAGUUCCCCAACUCCAAGAUUGUCAAUGUUCAAUCCCAACUCGAGAAGCUCAUUGGACAAAAUUACUACCUCAACAAGUCCGCCAAGGAAGGAUACCGAUCUUACCUCCAAGCCUACGCCUCGCACUCUCUCCGCUCGGUCUUCGACGUACACAAGUUGGACUUGGUCAAGGUGGCCAAGGGUUUUGGUUUCUCGGCCCCACCUCGGAUCGACAUUUCGUUGGGCGCUAGCUUGAGUCGAGACAAGAAGCAAGAGCAGCAAGGUCGUCGGACAUAUGGCAGCCAGCCAAAGGGCAACAAGGGCUUGAAGUUCAAGCGCAAGCACGACAACUAG